CUGUGGGAGUGUAAAUAAAUAAAUAAUAACAAAUGGAGCACGAGGUGGCUGUUGCUGGAGAGGAUCUGCCUGCGGUGGAGAUCAAAGCCAGUCCAAAGCUUAAGCCCUCGGCUAACACGGCCAUCAAGUGCUUAAAAUGCGACAAGGUCUACAUAUUCCCGGCAGACAAAGACGACUGCCUGGCCCACCUUUAUAUGGAGCACCGCCUAGUGAUAGCUGAUGUAGAGGACAUUGCCCUUAUAGAGGAUUAUCUGCAGUACUGGAGAAAAGAGUUUCAAGACCAUGAAUUCGAACAAUAUUGCACUACCAUGUUCCUGGACCAGCUGCCAGAUGGAAAGUAUUCCAAGAACGAGAAAUACUACUUACUGUGCGAUAUCCUGCCCCAGGACUUUGAGUUACGGCGACGUCUUAGACAAAAACGCUUAAGUGAAGCUCUCGAGCGUCACCAGUUCGAGCUGACAGACAGGACAUUUUCCAAGGAGUGCCUGUUCUGCCGGACUGUGAUAAAAGGAUUGAGAGCAGACUACCUAGACCACCUUUUUGAUAAACACUUUCUGCUGGUGGGCAAGCCGGAAAAGCUGGUAUAUGUGGAUGAACUCUUGGACCAGUUAGAGGAAAACCUGAACAAUUUGGUGUGUCUGUACUGCGAAAAGAUCUUCAAGGAUCGGCCCACGCUCAAGGAGCACAUGAGGAAAAAGGGACACAAACGGAUAAAUCCCAACCGAAGAGAGUACGACAAGUAUUUCCUUGUCAACUACAACCGCAGUUCCGCAGCUCUAACGUCGCGAAAACAGAAGCCCCGCCAACAGCAAAGACAACCAUCUUCUUCCGUGGACUUGGAAACUGGCAGCGUGGACUUCGACAAACACUUUGCCAGGCCGGACUCGGACGGGGAGCAAGAUUCGGACUGGUCUGAUUGGGCGGCGGAUGGCGAACCCAGCUCCAUCAAGUGCCUAUUUUGUCCGCAUCUCGGAGAGUCCUUUUCCGCCCUCAAAGAGCACAUGAUUGCCGAACACCGCAUGGAUUUCGACCAGGCGACCAGCUCUUUAAACUUUUACCAGCGCGUCAAGGUGGUAAAUUACUUGCGCCGGCAACUGUGCAUGCUCCGCUGCGCAUCCUGUGAUCUCCAGUUCGAUGAGCUGGAUUUACUGACUGAGCAUAUGACCCAGGAGUUGCACUGUGGGAUUGGCAACCGAUCGUGCUGGGACAAGCCGGAGUUCUUCUUCCCAUACAUAGAGAACGAUGGGCUUCUAUGCGUGCUGGAUGACUCUACGGGAGAUGAUCCCGAAGCUGAUGUGCGCAUCAUCUCCGAGGACAGUGUGGCUCAGAUUAACAAGGAAGCAGAGCAACUAUCCCUGGAGAACUUUAAGCUGUAA